AUGAAGCCUUCAACUUUGUUCUGCGCCUUGGGCUUUGUGCAGUUGGGCAUGGCCAUUCCCGUCCCCGCAACCUUAUCAGAUCUCGUCACCCAUGUCAAAGGCGAGGCGCGUCGUCUGACCAAGAUCACCCGCGUGUCUAUGCAUCACACACCACCAAUCUCUACCGUCAAGGAACCCGAGGAACAGAAGAUCGAAUUCAGAUUCGACAACAGCCCCGUAUCACCAUCGGAAGACGUGCCUCCGUCACUUGUCCUGGCUGCGCCUCGCCCACUGAAGACCACCUACCUUCAAUCACUAUCUAAGCACCCGGGAUCAGGGAAGGACAGAGUGGUGGAUGUGGUGGGCGACGGGACUCCUGAGACGAUCAAGCCCAUGACGCUGGAGGAGGGGCUGGCGAAGUUGCUGCCGUCAAAGCCUCGCCUAGGCUGCUGGAAACACGUUCAGGGCCCCACGCCAUCCAUGUCAGUCGUGGAUCAGCACCCCGAUUUGAUUGUCCUCGGGGCCGUUCUUGCUCUGGUCCUUGUUUUACUGGUACUCGAGACCGUUGGCACAACAUUCCAAGGGGUCCGCCAGCACUAUGACCCCAGAGGGGAGAUUCGUUUGGAGGGAGACGAGAAGCCUUGCAAGUCGCCAUCAUUCCGCUGCGACUCGUGCGACUCGGUGCCUUACGAAGAUGACGUUGGCGUCCAAGGUCCGAGAUCAUGA